GCUGAGGACACCCUCAGGAUUGAGUGAAGGAGAGAUGGCCAAGCAGAUGAAAGUCAAGAAACUGAAGAACCUCAAAACUCUGGACUCUAAACCCGGUGUGUACACUGCAUAUAAGCCAUAUCUUAACAGAGAUGAAGACAUCAUCAAACAGCUUCAGAAGGGUGUUCAACAAAAGAGACCCUCAGCGGCCCAAAACGCAAUUCUUCGACGCUACUUCUUAGAACUGACACAAAGCUUCAUCAUUCCCCUGGAGCGAUACGUGGCGAGUCUGAUGCCGCUCCAGAAGACCAUCAGUCCCUGGAAGAGUCCUCCUCAACUGAGAGCGUUCGUCUCGCAGGACUUCAUGAAGACGCUGGAGAAAGCUGGACCUCAGCUCACAUCCAGGCUGAAAGGGGACUGGAUAGGACUCUACAGGAAUUUCCUCAAGUCUCCCAACUUUGACGGCUGGUUCCGCAACAGGAGGAGAGAGAUGACCCAGAAACUGGAGGCUCUACACCUGGAGGCGCUGUGUGAGGAGGACCUGCAGCAGAGAGUCCAGAUGCACUCGGAGGUGGAGACGGUAGACCUGGUUCUGAAGCUGAAAGAUAAACUGACUCAGGCGGAGAGGGAGCAGCUCCCCGUGCGUCCGGGGACCGUGGCCAAGCUGAGAGCCCACAUUGAUGCCGUCAUCCUGGCCCUCCCAGAGGACCUGCAGGGCAUCCUCCACAAGCCCUCCACACCCUGACCCUUUCUCCGUGCUCUGCAACUAUAACCCCAGUAUGAGCUUGUUUUAAAGUUUGAGGGGUAGUGGGUCUCUUCCCAAUUGGCUCCCAGGGUCGGUGAAGGGCCCCCCAGGCUACUCUGGCCGGGCCCAGUGUGAGGAUCUCAUCUGGUCUUGCAUUGAAAGCACACAGCAAGUUGUUGUUUCCUCAAAUAUACAUUCAACCUUUAGGUUUAUUUACAAAUGUUUUUCUCAAUUUGCUCCCACGGCGGCUCAGUGGGAUUCAGACUGAACCCAUCCCUCACGUCUUGGUGAUCGUGGGGCGUUCAAAUGACCAGCAGGAGGAGGCCGAGGAGCGCCAUAUAAACUCCUCCUUUCAGGAGGUGAAGCAAGCAAUUAAAAAAAGUUGAGGAGGUUUAUCGUCCUGGUGACUUUAAGUAAAGAACAGGAGCGCUUGAUUUGUCACGAAUUUGCUCUCGCAACAUGCAGCGUAAUACCAGAGCCUCUUCUGUGUGCAGAAUGAUUUGAAGGUAGGAGCAAGGAGACGAACCCAGCUGACCUUUGACCCUCAGCAUUUUUACCUCUUGAGGUUUUUACUUUUUUAAAUUUGACAAUAUGUGGAAUUGACUCUUUCCAACCAUUUAAAUAUAACCAAAAGGUUUUUUUAAAGAAGUGCACUUCAUCGCUCCCUGGAGCAGUGUGCCCCACACACACACACACACACACACACACACACACACACACACACACACACACACACACACACACACACACACAGACACUCUCAUGCAUUUUUACAAACAAGCUGAGCUGAGCAGAGCCAAGCCAAGCAGUGCUUUAUUACGACACACACACAGAGCAUUAAGCACCAGCAGCGACCCUGUAAUAACCACAUGUCCAUGCGGUAUAACGAUUAUUGUAUUGUUUUGUGUUGUCAGCAGCCAAUCACAUCCAUGUAUACCUGUCACAUGAUCUUAUCAGAACUUUCUGAGGGAAACAUUUCAAAUUGUCCUGAGAUGUUCAGAAAUCUUGCCGUGGGUCAUUGCCAUUAGAUGUGUAUUUUUUGGAAAACUGAAUCCAAACUUUUAGUCUUUAAAGAAACAAAAGAAAGUAUUUCGCCCAACUGUAAAACUAUAAAAUCCCAGUUUGCAAAGAAGCUUAUAAAAUGUUUGAGAUAAAAUUAUAAGACAGUUAAAUAUACUAAAUGUAAGACGCUAUGUUUAAUAUUUUGAAUUAUGAGAUGUUAAGUCCUGAUUUUGGAUUUUAAAUUGAAAACUCAGAAGUUGUAAAUAUUAAGAAAUGUUUUUGUGAAAGUCAAAAUGUGUGCACAUGAGUUUGUGAAGAGGGAAUUCCAGUCAAGUUGGAGAAAAAGUAAAGAACGCUUACAAAAUUCUCAAUUUCUGGAGUACAUUGCUGGCUUUAUUUUUAUUUUUAAAUAACCAAAACUAAAUAAUUCUGUCAUCAUAAAUGAAGCAUUAUUUAUUUUCAUACAUUAUUCAGAGCGUCAGUCAUCCUCCAUCUCCUAGACUUUCCAGUAAGGAAACAUUCUGGAAAUUGGGGGAAUACACAACAACAAAGAAAGCAGGUUAAGAAAAGACAUAUUUCUGAGUUUAGUAACCAUUAUGGAUUCUUGUGUGCAUUCAACAAACGCUACAGCUAGCAUUGUUAAAACUGAGCGUUAUGAUUUGGGCUAAAAGGAUGCUGGUGCCUUACUGUACAGGAGUGAGAGCAACACAUACUUGAUGAAUGAAUCUCACUCGAGCUCCUGUAAAGAUGUCCUGAGCUUAUUUAGCUUAAGCUCAAGGCUCAAUGAUUGUUUUUACUAAAUAAAUUGACUUGCUGAAGAAACGCUUCUGACAAACACUCUGAUCAGGCAUCUUGCUCAGGAUCUUUGCCUUCAGACCAAAACCAUGGCUGAAGUGUGUUAUUUAUUUAUUUUUUGGAUAAAACAAGUAACUACACAGAUGCAUUGUUUAAACUUCAAAUCUAAAAAGAGAAAGUACAAGUACCCCAACAAAUGAUUGUCUAAUAUAGGAAUAAUAAGCACUGCUGGGUCUUUUACAGCUGCGUGUUUGAAUUAAUAACUACUUAUUAUAUUCCAUUGACAUAGAAACACUUCAGACUAGAUUUUUGGAUUCAGUGGUUUCAGGAAAAAAUCAAUUCAAUCAUGUUUACAGAACUAUAGUUGAACAAUGACAGGUUAAUGUUACUGGCCAUUUAUUAGAAUAAUUGAAUAAGAUCUUGCAGCUGGCUAAAUUGUACACGUCAUGGACAUUCCUGGGCACCUAACAAUGUAAAACAUUAACAAAAAGUAUCUAUAAUGAGAGCAAUAACAGGGCAUUUAACUGAAUACGGUUAUUUGUAUUUUCAGAGUGUGUUGACGUAUAAGCAUUUUCUAAAACUGUAAUUAGUGGUCUCACAUGACUGCAAUUACAGUAAGUGUGUGUGCUUUUCAAAAUACCACUUGUUUCAAAAAUGUUAAAUGGACCUCUUGUCAAACAUAUGGAUUGAGUUUUUUUCCUUUAAGCCUUCAUGUAAAACAUGUUGUAUACAGUAAAUGCUGUCUUGCAGAUAAUUGCUAAGAAAAAUAACUAAAGGAUGUGAUGGUUGAAAAAACCUGUGGCAUCUGGGCAGCCAUGUAAGUUUUAUAUUUGUAAAGAAAACUUUUAUUUUAUUUUAUGGAGGGCUAAUCUCAUAUUCCACAUUACUAAUUGUAGAUAAUUCAGAGUUUUGUACAUGAUGGUGUAAAGCGGAAUGGUGGCCCAGAUGUAUGUACAAUAAUUAUUUUGCUAUUACAACAGAUUAUAAAUAGUGAUGCUCCAUACAAUUGUAAUUCACCUUUCUUAGGCUGAUAAAAAAACGAUAUUGAGACACCUUGACAUUCUGAAUUUGUGGUAUUUUCUAGUUAUAAGAUUUCGGCUGAGCCUAAAAUAUUGUGAUUAUAAUCCCAGAAAAAUAUCAGAAAAUUAAGCAAAAUGGUGAUUAUGAUUUGAUACAGUACGUUUGAGGUUAAAACACGAGAUGAUGGGCAAGAGCAAAAACACCUAUUUGAUUUUUACGUGAUCUGACAGGCAUUGACUUUGUCCCGAAAAACAGGUAGAGAAUCUUCAGACCUUUUACCUAAAUGAAGUAUUACUACAACAUUUUACCAUAUUAAAAGUAACACUACUAAUUACUAAAGCACAGUUGUUGUUUUCUUUCAGUCUUCAACUUUUCCAUUUAACAGGAAUACAUCUUUUUUUUUUUAUUCCAUGGUAUAACUUCUAUCAAAUUAUUUAGAUUGUUACAUUAAAUAAGACACUACAAAUUCAUAAUGUCACCCUAAACUAAAUAAGAGCCCAUCAUGUUGCAUAGCUACACAUUUGACUGAAACGUCACUGUCUUUAUUGAAGCCACUACUACUUAACCACUAAGGACCUGAAGGACCCCGGUUUUAAUAAAAGUAUUAAUAGUGUUAUAUGGACAUGUAUGAAAUGACUCUUGUUUUCACAUGAUGGCCUACAGCUUGCUUUGUUUUGUAAGCAUAUUAAAAUAUGUAUCAGUCUUUUGUUUACUUUAUUGUAACUUGAACCUGUUCAAAUAUACUUACUGAGUAUAUUUCAGGACGUUGUUUGUUUGCUUGAUUGCUUUAUAAAGUAUUACAAUGAAAACAA